AUGUCGUUCACUUGCAGGCAUGCGACACUCUACUUCAAAGCCAUGGAAGUCGUGCGGAUGAGGGACGCAAGUGCUGCAUGCUAUGAGCACGUCAAUGUUGCCCUUGAUUCAGUGAUUCAAAGUGCAGCGCCUUUGGCAGAGAAACGGGAUGGACUGGCUUUCGAGGAUCGCGUGAUUCCAACGGCUGAUGUCAGGAUGUCUGCCAACGGCGAGCAAGCAAAUGCUGAUCGUGAGGCCGACCAUUGCCCAAGUGCCGGAAAUUCUUUCAGCACGAAUGCCAUGCAGUGCCUCACAACACCAGAGAAGCGUAGAGGGCCUGGCAGGCCUACAAACAGCAGGGACAAGGCGCCAUAUGAAGGACCGAGUAAGAGAACAAGGUUCUGCAGCAUAUGUCGGCGCGAAGGGCACAAGAAAACGACAUGCCCAGAAAGAGGGGAUAUGCCGAAGAAGCCACAGAAGCCUGGGAAAUGCAAAAACUGCGGGAUAGAAGGGCACCGACGUACCACGUGCACGAGACCACUUGGGUUUGCACAUAAUUGA